ACCCUAACUUGAUGGAUGAUAUAUUGAUUGACGACCAUCUGGUCCAAUGGGCGUUGCAAACAUGGAAAUCCGACUGCGUUGCCAACAAUUCUACCCAAUCAAAAACAGGGGAAGGCGUGGUAUAUUCAUUUACAAAAGGAAGGCACCGGGCAAAGGCGGCAGAGGCCAGGCCGCGGCGGUGAAGGAGAACCAGCAGCAGCCAGCCAUGAAUGAGGAAAAUGCACUCAUUGAAUCGAAGAUCCUUCGUCGUUUGAGCCCUAGGAAAACCCGUUCUUCACGUGUUCCACUGCAAGAUGAAAACUCCGCUACUUCAAAGAAUCAAAUGAAGUUCCAAGUUAAAUGUACUGUUAAAUGUGAAACACAGAGAAGGAAAAGAGGUGAACAAAAGGUUUGUGUGUCCGAUGCUGGAGAUUCCACGAAGUCUAGUAAAGAACUGAACAAGGAGCAAAAUGUGAGCGAGGAAGGAGAGGAGACUGCAGCGAUUGCCUCACCUGCUGGGGGCAAAUCCCCCAGAAAGGGCAAGUCUGCUGCUCAGUCUCCUGGCAACAAAAGCACAAAAACAAAUGCAAAAUGUGUUCGGAGGAAGUGUAUUGGGAAGCCUCGGAAACGCACACCUGUGAAAAGCCCAUCGGGUAGAUACCACAAAGUCACUGAUUACUAUCCGAUCAGGAGGAGCUGCAGGAAGUGUGAAGGACAGCUGAAGUCAGAAGAAAAGAAAAUAAUUGAUGAAUUGAUUCGGACGGGGAAGGAAGAAGGGAUGAAGGUUAGUAUAAUUGACGGGAAAGGCCGCGGUGUGAUGGCCACAAAACCUUUCCAACGUGGAGAUUUCGUGGUGGAAUACCAUGGGGACCUCAUUGAAUUUGCUGAUGCAAAGAAUCGAGAAGCUGAAUAUGCACAAGAUCCCUCCACUGGCUGCUACAUGUACUACUUUCAAUACCUCAGUAAAACUUACUGUGUGGAUGCGACGAAGGAAACAAUGCGCCUGGGCCGUCUGAUCAACCACAGCAAGAACGGGAACUGUCAGACCAAGCUACAUGACGUGGAUGGGAAGCCCCAUCUUAUACUUGUUGCCUCUCGGGACAUUGAAGAUGGUGAGGAGCUGCUUUACGAUUAUGGAGAUCGGAGCAAGGCAUCAAUUGCAGCACAUCCCUGGCUAAAGCAGUGAGAUGGAUGAGAUUUAUUUUAGGAUUUGAAGCUUUUUUUUUUGAAGCAUUUGGUUUGAUCCUUGGUGAUGCAUCAUUUUAUCAAACCACCAAUGCACGCUGCACUGGAUUCUGAGCUGUGCAGAGGAGCUGGUCUUGCAUCUUCAGAACUUUUAGAUCUUAAUGCUUUAAAUCUUGCACACAGGUGUGCUUUAGGAGCUUGCUGUCAUGAAGCAGAUUCUGUAUUUUAUGUAAACUAUUUGUUGUACAGUAGCAGCCUAGUCCUGCUUUGUGCUCUGCAUAAGAAACUUAGAUAUUUAAGUGAUUGGUCUCAUUUAUAAAGUAAUGAACCACUUUUAGAAAGCCUCUGUAUGCUGAAUGAUGAAUUCACUGUCCCUUCCAUCCAAAAGAUGCAAUUGGAUUUUUCUGAAUGCAAAGAAUGAACAUUUGAUUGUUUUUGCUGAAAUGCAUUUUUAAAGCAGGACUUUGCAUCACAUGUCUGACCUCCUGUUGUAAAUGGCUAUUUAAAGUUUGUGUACAAAAGCUUCAUGUUGAAGAAUAUUUAAAUAAACUCUGUGACCUAAUUG